AUGUUUUCUGGGUUGAUUGGAGCAAUCAUUGGACUAAUUGCUUCAUCUGCAUCGGUGGCAGGUUUGAUAAUCUCAGAUGGAAAAGAAGACUGGGAAAUUAUUUUAAUUAUUGUAGGAUUUGAAGCACUUGGAGGUGGUUUAUCUUUCCUGAUAUCUAGACUUAUAUCUAAUUGUUUAAGGAAAAAAUAGAAUUAUCCUUCUCAAAUCUUUACUCAAGUAGUCAUUGGUGCUAUGGCAGCUUCUAUUGGUGCUCUUUACAGUAUAAUCUACAAAAUUUACCUUUCCCAAGGAUCUAAAGAUAAUGAAGACCAAAGCGUUUCUGCAAUUUUGUUGUCUGGUCUUUACGGAGCUUGCUCUGCAGCAGCUAUAUCUGCUUUAAUAACUAUUGGAAAUAACUGGUUUUUCAGAAAUAAGAUUUCUGAGAUUGAAUUUAUUUACUACAUUGGUAACCAUGAUGAUGGAAAGAAAAUAUGGGACUUCUUAAUUCAAACAGAGCAAGUAAAAAAAGGGAAAAUAGUAUCAAAGUAAGUGAAUCUUGAAAAGAUAAGGCUUGAAAUUUACAAUGAAGAUGUAGAAAGCUACUUUGGACAAAAAGAUAAUAUUCUUCAUAAUAUUAGGCUAAAUAUGCUCAUUUCCUUUUUAGUUGCAUUUGUGACUGGUUGUGCGCUUUCUCACUUUGAUUAGAGAUAAAAACAGGCUUAGAUCGAGGAAUCUAAAGAUUUAUAAGAAUCCGUUGAUUAAUUUGAGAAUAUUGAUCCUAAGUUAAAACAAGAAACCCCUAAAUCUUCUCAAGAGAAGCAAUAUUAGGAGUUUAGAAAAUAAGCAUUAGAAAAAGCUGCUGAGGCCACUGAAACAGGCAAUUAAAUCUAGGAACUUGCAAACGAAUAGACUACUUAGUUGGAAAAAGACUCUUUGAUGGUUGAUGCUAACAAAAGCUUUAGAGAAGCUGAAGCUUACAGAAAUCUAGCAAACAAAUCAGAGGACACCCAGAGCAAUAUCAAUGGCAUGCAAAAGGGACAAGAGUUAGCUGCAGUUAGACAAGCUCAAGUUCUUAUGGCAGUGGUGCAAAAUACUGGUGUCCCUAUCUAAGCAUAGAAAUCUUCAAGCCAAACAAAAGAUAAAGUGAAUGAUGGAGAAUAGAAGGAUCAAAAUGAAGAUAAGUAGAAUCAUUAAGCAGAGAAGAUUCUAGAGGGAGCUAUUAACAAGACUCAAAGUAAUAUUUAGAAAAACGAAAUCUCUCGUGGAUAGCAAGUAAGAGAGCCUUUGCUAAAAGAUGACUGA